AUGAAUAGCUCUGAAAGUUUUCAGUUUCCACUGUACUAUAAUAAAGAGCCGUUCUUCACUAUACAGCCAAUAAUCAAUACAAGAAAAAUUCAAUUGCAAAUGUGGCAAGAUCUUAUUUUAGCAUACAGUAGAUCAAAUAAAAUAUACGAACUAGAUCUUAAUGAAUCUAUUAAGACAAAUUUAAAUUUAUUUAAUAACGAAAAAAUCAAUAGAAAACUAUCAAGAGAUUCAUUAAAAAUUAUUUUUGAUGAUAUUAUAGAAAACGGAUAUGCAGAAUGGAUUGAUAAAGAAAAAAAUAGAGUUUUAAUAAUGUGGAGAAAACCAGAAGAAUGGGCUUCAUUAAUUUAUAAAUGGGUUUCAGAUUGUGGAUUUUUAAAUACAGUUUUAACAAUAUGGGAAAUUCAAAAUGGUGAUGACUCAAAAAAACAAGAUUUCCAUCAAUUAAAUACAACUAUACUAUUAAAAUCUUUAAAAGUUUUAGAGAAACAAUCAAAAGCUCAAACAUUUUCUUCUGACGACGAAGGCAAUUUAGGUGUAAAAUUCUUUUCAAUUUAA